CUUUGCGAUAAUCACUACCAUAUAAUAUAUAUAAAACUAAGGUAUCUGAUACCAAGAGACAGAAAUAGAAAUGGCGACGGAAGCUGAAGUUAUAGCUCCAGUGAACAACGGCGGAAGCAGGGGAUGUUGCAAGUCAGGUCCCGGUUACGCUACACCACUGGCUGCCAUGUCCGGACCAUCGGAAAAGCUCAUCUACGUCACUGCCGUCUACAAUGGAACGGGACGAGAGAAGCCGGAUUACUUGGCAACGGUGGAUGUUGAUCCAAACUCACCAACGUAUUCAAGCGUCAUUCACAGACUGCCAAUGCCUUUUGUGGGGGAUGAGCUUCAUCAUUCUGGUUGGAACUCAUGCAGCUCUUGCCAUGGUGAUGCUUCUGCUGAUAGACGGUAUCUCGUGUUACCAUCCCUUGUAUCUGGUCGCAUCUAUGCGAUUGACACAAAGGCAGACCCAAGGGCACCGUCUUUGUAUAAGUAUGUUGAUCCUAAAGAGAUUGCUGAAAAGACUGGAUUGGCGUAUCCACACACAGCUCAUUGUCUUGCCUCUGGUGAAAUCAUGGUGUCCUGUCUUGGAGACAAAGAGGGAAACGCCAAGGGGAAUGGGUUUCUUCUCCUUGACUCUGAUUUCAACAUUAAGAAUAGGUGGGAGAAAGAAGGACAUAGUCCCUUGUUUGGUUAUGAUUUCUGGUACCAACCGCGGCACAAGACAAUGAUCAGCACUUCUUGGGGAGCACCUAAAGCCUUCACCAAAGGUUUUGAUCUCCAAGACGUUGCUGAUGGCUUGUAUGGAAGCCAUCUACAUGUUUAUGGUUGGCCGGGAGGUGAAAUGAAACAAUUAAUUGACCUUGGAGAGACUGGUCUCUUACCUUUGGAGAUUAGAUACUUGCACGAUCCCUCUAAAGAUACAGGAUUUGUUGGGGGUGCUUUAUCAAGUAAUAUGAUAAGAUUUUUCAAGAACAGUGAUGACACCUGGAGCCAUGAGGUGGUUAUAUAUGUUAAACCCCUAAAAGUAGAGAACUGGUUUCUGCCAGAAAUGCCAGGGCUUAUCACUGACUUCUUGAUCUCACUCGAUGACCGGUUCAUGUACUUUGUGAACUGGCUUCAUGGAGACGUUCGCCAGUACAACAUCGAAGACCCUAAAAACCCUGUCUUAACCGGACAGAUUUGGGUGGGAGGACUGCUACAGAAGGGCAGUCCUGUUAAGGCUGUUAGAGAAGAUGGUAGCACUUACCAGUUUGAUGUUCCUCAGAUCAAGGGAAAAUCUCUAAGAGGAGGACCUCAGAUGAUCCAGUUGAGCCUCGAUGGGAAAAGACUGUAUGCAACGAACUCGCUCUUCAGUGCUUGGGAUCGUCAGUUUUACCCGGAGCUCAUGGAUAAAGGAUCACACAUUAUUCAGAUUGAUGUUGAUACAGAAAAAGGUGGUCUCUCAGUAAACCCUGAUUUCUUUGUGGACUUUGGUGAUGAACCAGAUGGUCCUGCCCUUGCUCACGAGAUGAGAUAUCCUGGGGGAGACUGCACCUCCGAUAUCUGGAUUUGAAUUUGGAAGAGUGAGUUUGUUGUGUUACGUUUAAUUUGAGUGUUAUUUGUUGUUAUGUGUGAGAUGAAUAAAAAAGCGAGGUAACAAGAGAUCCCUUGUUGCUAAGGAUGCUUUGUAGUAAAAACUUUCUAUAUUUCGAGUGAACACAUUUAGUGUCACCGUUUAUAUAUACUGUUCGAUUUAAUGCA